AUCAAUGGCGGGAAGGCUGGGACUAAUAUUUCAGACUGCAUGCCUUUGCAUAUUUGAGAAAUAACAUUGGAUCGAGUGUAUCUCCCAGCAGUACACCACUGCAUGAUCACAGGGAUCACGCGUUCAGUGUCAUGCAGUGAUGUAAACUCCAGAAAUAAAUCAUAGCCCAAAUCAGGAGACAAGAGGAACAAGUCGUCACAUGUUUGUCUCCUCAACUUCCGAAGUAUUGAAACGGGCACGUGCCAGCUACAACCCGAGACAACCAAGACUUCCUGUACCGGCUUAGCUGCCUAUUGACAAUGCCAGGAAACCAACACUGGCUAUCUGAUGAAAAUCAACCAAUGGCGGGAGCAGGCAGACUAUAAAAAGGCUGAUGAGUUCCGGUCAUGAUGACAGACCAUAUCUCACGCCGGCACAGCUACUGUCGUUCUGUGCCCAAUAGUCCAGACAUUACUGACAUGCUAAAUGCGAUGUACACAUCUCACGUGAGCACUGACAAUGGUGGCAGCAGCACCAGUCUGAGCCCCACAUCUCCAUCAAGCCUUUUUACCCGUGUUAAGCGUCGCCUCAGCAUGCGAGGACGCCACAAUUUUGGGCGCCGCAAAAGUUCGCAGACUUCACUUAAUUCUCUGAACUUGGAGGGUUUGUUUGGCGAGGUGGGAAGGAAGCUGAGCUGUGCAUCCAGGGAUGAUCUCUGUAACCUUCAACUUGAUCCUGAGACGGAACAUCUGUACCGAGGGUUACUGAGGAGUGUUAUCCACCCACUGGGGGCCCCUGAUGCCACAAUAGGGCUCAGGCCCGGAGACCUGGCCGAUCAUCUCAGAGAGAUAUUUGACUUGGACAGAGAUGAACAUGAAGUGUUCAUCAGGGAAGAGCUCAUACAAAAGCCCCAGGAUCUCCGCCUACAUUUCACAGUAUCAGAGGCCUCCGGUUUGAGACCUGCAGAUAGCUCAAGCGUGUGCGAACCAUACUGCAUCCUCAGUCUUGUAUCCACAUCGAAACACGUUUCGCGCUCCCCGAAAUCCUCACCCAAAGUAUCACCCAAAGGUUCUCCCAAACCCAAGCGGAAGUCCAGUAACACAUCCAAUGUGUCCACAGAUAGUAGCGAGGUCAGGUACACCCAGUCUGCGAAGGGAGGUAACAACCCACGCUGGAACGAACAGUUUGAAUUUGACUUAUACGACCACACAGGAGAUGAGCUACACGUGUAUGUGUGGGACAACACCAAAGACUCUCCGCUCUACGGGACUAACCACUGUGUCCCCUCCACCUCCGAAAAACCACUCGGAUUUAAAACGAUAUUCCGCUACAUCCGUCACAGUGUGGAGCAUGGUAAGACGGGACAAGAUUACCUUGGCAUGUGUGUCAUACCUCUCAAGGAUAUUCCGUGCAAUGGUGCAGAACAGUGGUUUGACUUAACAGACAAGUGUAAAGUGACCGGCAGACUCAAACCAGCUGGUCAGAUUAAAAUAAAACUAUCCAUUUCCCCGAGGGAGGUUCAGAUUGAUCAUGUAGACAGCGUGGACAGUUCUGCCCCAUCAGGCAGUGGUUACUCUGCCACGGACAGUUACUUCCACGCCCUCCAGCACAUGUUACGCCAUUCCGUCAAGGUGCAACGCAUAAUGCACCAGUCCGCAGCUGUCAGCACGGAGCAGAUUGACGGGUCGCUCAGCACGCAGAAGCGCAGAAUCAUGGAUCUGUUUGCAGUGUCCUCCAACAUCAGCAAACUCUCACAGGCAAUGCUUCACCUUGUGGUCAUCCUGCAGUGGUCUGUGGGACACGAGAGUUGUCACCUGUCCAAAGUGGCUCUGCAGAAGUCGUUAGAAGCUGUACAGAUGGCUUGGAUCACCAUGCAGGUUGGACUCACAGAGGUGUCGGCCAAGAUGCCGCUCACUGACAAUGAGAUUGCCAUGUUCAGAAUGACUGCUGGCAAAUAUUUCAAUGCCACAAUGAGCAACCUUGAGAUUCCGGAUCUUUUCCCACCAAAUGUGGAGUCUGUGAAUGUACUCAAAAACAAAAUUGGUGUUUUAAUCCAGCUUUCUGAUUUUGACCUGUGGGAUAAAAAAUCAUUCCCACUGAAGGAGCUGACAGCUGUCGUUGUAGGUAAAAUACAGACGGAUGCGGCCAUUUGGAUCCUGGAGCAGCUCGGUCAAAUCACAAUCGACGAAACGGUCAAGGACACGGUUAUCCCGGAGGUCACGACCUUUCUCGACGUAGUCAGCCAGGCCACCUCACACAUGCAGCCCAUUGAGAUGAUCCGUCAGUUCUUCUUGCGACUCGACAUCCAGUACUACAGGCUUAUCUCAUUUGCUCUGGAGAGCAAGGUAUCCAGGAAGGCUAGGGAUCUGAUGCAGCAGAUGGAUAAGUACCAGAUCAGAUAUCACAAGUAUUAUGAAAACAUCAUCUCCAGCAGCCAGCUGUCACUCACACUGUACUUCGCCCUCAGGAAGAUGUACCACACGGCAAAGGAGCACAUCACUUAUAGGGAAAUAUUUAAACUGACGAUCUCUAAGUACCAGAGUUGGUUCCAGGAAUCUCUGGUGUUCUGGCUGCAGACAUUCAAACUGGAGUGUUCACGAAGGCUGGAAAAAGCCUUGGAGAUUGACAAGGAUAUGGUGCUGGUGACAACGCUGGUGAAAUACUCUAACAGUUCAGUAGAUGUGCUCUCUUGCUUCUCAAAGAUAACAGAGGAGUGGCGAGAAAUAAAGUUUCAUGAUGCUGACUGUGUAUUGAUGGGCGUCACUAAACUCACAGAUCUGAUUUGUGACAGUGCCCGUCUCUACGCCGACAAAAUACAGAAUACUGUCCUGGAGAGAAACUGUUACUAUGACAAUUGCGAAGGACAGUUUGAUGUCACAGACAGCCUGUGCAUCACACUGAACAACAUAGAGCAUGUACGUCAGUAUCUGAAUGAGCUUCCCAGCCUGCUGGAGUGGCAGGCCGUUGUGGAGGGGGUGUCCAUGCGCCACGGCAGCGACAAGGUGGGACAGCAGUCACUGAUGACGCUGCGCCGCCUCACCAAGACCGCCCACGGUGACAUGCUGAUGAAGAGCCUCAUUCUGGUUGACAAGAUUACAGGCAGAAUGAGGCUGGAGAUACAGCGCUACAUGCAGCAGUUCACGCGCCUUGAACCUGAAAAACUGUCGUCCAUUGAUGCCUUGAUGCACUACCUGUCUACCAACACUAAGACCCUGUUUGAUCGGCUCGUGAACACCAUCUAUCCUAUAUUCAUUGAACACCUGUGGCACACCGUGCUUACCUGUUUUGAUGAGCAGCUCAUGAUUGGGAGACCAGCGGAGUAUUACAUCACCAUGAGACGGCACCUGCGUUCUCUGUCCAUGUAUUUUGUGCGCGGCGGUGUGGAUGAAGAGAAGGUUAACACAUUUGUCUGCGACACACUGAGGACCCGGUUAGAGCUCAACUGUAUGAGUUCGGAAGACCUCAUUCUACAAUACUACAAGGACAUGGCUGACAACAUGGGCACACCAGUAGAUUACUACGGUCAUCUGGCGUUGAAAACAGCCUUCAUGGAGGAAACAAGAGGAAAAGUUACCAUCUUUGUCCAAGUAAUCCGUGCCAGUGACCUGCCUGGCCUUGACCCCAGUGGACUCAGUGACCCCUAUGUAGAGGUCAGCUUGCAACCUGCUGCCAUGUUCGGUCAUCAUCCCACACAAAAAACGAAGGUUGAGGAGAAAACCCUUAACCCAGUGUUCAACACCACGUUUCAGUUCACAAACAUCCCCAAGGAUCACCUGACCGUUAAGGGGGCUGUCAUGUUGCUGUCCGUCAUGGACCACGAUCACAUCGGCACCGACGACUUUGCAGGGGAGGUCAUCCUGCAUCUUUCAAGCAUUCAGCCAAUCGGAAUGCAUGAAUCAGUAGACACACUACAAGUUGUCAUGAUGCCUGUGAAACGACCGACCAAUCAGAGGGGAGCUUUUCAGGUACUUCGAGAAAGGUCCUCUUGGGACAGAACAUCCAAGGCAUUUGUUAGUGAGAGAUCAAAGUUCAUAGAGAAUCAGCCGACUCGAACUGAUACACCAAACAAAAAGUCUAGUCUGUUUUCCUUCUUCAACAACUUGACAAGAACUCCCUGAUCAGAUGGUGAUCCAGGCUUUAACCUGGCUUAGCUAGAGGGAAGCAAGUGUAUGAUUUACUGCUUGAUUUGAGCUGUGAAGUAGACUGGAUCUGAGGUGCAACUGGUUUUCAACUGGUUUAGACAACACAAGCAGUUCUGGGAGUGGGAUGUACAGGAGUCAUUUGGAUACAGAGCUGUUUCAACUUUUUUACUCAUUGGAACAGCAGAAGACAAGCUGAUGGGGCUGUUCAGAACAAGUGACUGAGGGGUGGGGCUGUUCAGAACAAGUGAUUGUGGGAUGGGGCUGUUCAGAACAAGUGAUUGUGGGAUGGGACUGUUCAGAACAAGUGAUUGUGGGAUGGAACUGUUCAGAACAAGUGAGUGUGGGAUGGGGCUGUUCAGAACAAGUGAUUGUGGGAUGGAACUGUUCAGAACAAGUG